GUGACGGUCAACUUGGUUCCAAACACUGUGAGAAAAUACGAGGUGGCCCUGGUGGUGGAUGUGGAGAGAGUCGGAGAGGAGAUCAUUUCUUUGCCUAUCACUGCUAAAUCAUUGGUCCCAGAGAUAACCAGUGCCAUGCCAGUACUCAACUAUGGGCGAUGUUUCUUACGCUACCCUUACGAACAACAAAUCAGCUUGCACAACGACACGGAUCUGGCAGCAAAGUAUGAGAUUGUUCGUCAGAAUGAGGAUCAUGCAGAGACUCUUCCAAUCUCAUAUGGAAGUCCCAAACCGAAG